AUGACGACGACGGCGAGGCGUGCGACCUCGCUGCCGCCGGAUCAGGUCCACGAGUCGGGACGGCGACGGCUGGUGGACUCGGCGCACGUCGAAUCCGUCGAGGCCAACUCAGGCGCAGCAUUCGCGCGCAAGUUGGGUCUCAAGAUUGACCCCAACAAUGCCCCCAGGCUGCGACUCUUCGCCUGGAACACGGGCGAGAGGCUUGUCGGCCUGCCGCCCGGUACGGUCCUGCCAAUCACCAGCCUACUCUCGCGCGAGACCAUGGUCGAGCUGGCCGAGACCUACUUUGAAAAGGUGGCGCUGGUCUACGGCUUCAUCGACCGGCCCGAGCUGUUCCGCCGGCUCGACGAGCGGUGGGCCAGAGGCAGCGUGCCCGACCCGUACGACCAGGUGCUGUGCGGCGUGGCCGCGCUGGGCUUGCACUUCUCGGUGACGGUGCCGCCGGCGGUGGAACCGGACCUGGUUGAGACGGCGCGUGACCUGCUGGACAAGGCCGUCCUGGACCCUUGCGUCUCCAUGGACACGGUGACGGGGUGGGUGCUGCGCGUGGCCUACCUGCGCAUGUCGUCGUCGCCGCACAUGACCUGGAUGGCCAGCUGCACGCUCAUGCACGUGGCCGACGCCGCCCGCAUCCAUCAGGAGGGCCCCUGGGAGACGGUCCUGGACGAGGGGUCGCGCGAGGCCGUCAGCGUCGACACCCGCCGCCGCCUGUGGGCCAUGGCCCAGCACCUCAACAUCUGGACCUCGUUCGACCUGGGCCGCUCCAAGACGACCCUGUCAGGCGUCUCGACCCGCGCCAUCACCCCGCGUGACGGCGACUACACCUCGCAGCUGCUAGCCCUCAUGCCCCUGACAGAGGCCCUCGAUCCCAACCAGACCCGCUCGGCCGACGACCUCGACGCCGACCUGGGCCGCCUCCUCGACGACUGUCAGGGCUUCGAGGUCCCGGCCGUCGUCAUGGCCUACAUCAACCUGGUCCUCUGCCUGUUUCGCCGCCUGCGCGCCCAGCACCCGGGUGCCAUUCAUAGCCACGUCGACAGCAUCCUGGCCCUGUCCCGCCGCGCCCUGGCCGCCGCCCGCGUCAUGGUCGACCAGCACCUGCCCUGGCACCACGCCGCCAACAUCCCCUUCCAGAUUGUCUGCCUCCUGCUCGCCGUCGACACCCGUGCCUCCAUGGCCAUGGUCGGCGAGGCCCUCGCCGUCCUCAAGCUCGUCAGGGACUCGUGGAACAGUGAGACCCUCCGCGAGGCUUACGACACCGCCUAUCUCCUCACCCUCUUCCACCAGCGUCGCAAGGAGGAAGAUGCUCGCGACCUUCGCAUCGUACUAGACAUGCACACAUCUCCACGGGGCGUUGCCGGUGCCGGCGGCGCCUUCCAGCAGCAGCAGCUACUCUUGCAACAGCAGCAGCAACAGCUGCAACUGCAGCAGCAGCAGCAGCAGCAGCAGCAGCAGCAGCUUCAGCAACCUCAGGACCAGCAACAACCACCCGUCAUGGGUGCCGCAGAGACCGUCUGGCUAGACGACCUGUUCGCGAGCAUGCCUGGUCUGCGAGAGUUCGACCUAGAACAGUUCCUCACCCAGGAGGAGGCUUAUCCCCAGGAUAUACCUUAUCCUACAACUACACUAUAG